AUGGCGAAGAUCCUUCUACAUGGAACGUUGCACGUCACCGUCUUCGAGGCCGAGGGGCUCUCCAACCCCAGCAGGCCCAGCAGCCAAGCGCCGCAGUUCCUCCGCAAGUUCAAUACACGGGGAACAACAACGUUACAGCUGGUGGAGGGGAUCGAGGACACGGUGGGCGUGGGCAAAGGCAACAGCAACUUCUACGCGACGGUGAGCCUGGGCCAGUGCCGGAUCGGCCGGACCCGGACCCUCUCCGACGAGUCCACGAGCCCACGGUGGUUCGAAUCAUUCCACAUCUACUGCGCGCACCUGGCUUCCGACGUGCUCUUCACCAUCAAGGCCAAGAGCGCCAUCGGCGCCUCCGUGGUGGGCACGGGCUUCCUCCCCGUCCGCGACAUCUUCCCGGGGGACGAGGUCGAGCGCUGGCUCCCUCUCUGCGACGACGCCCGCAACCCCGCGGACGGCGGCGGCAAGGUCCACGUCAAGCUCCAGUACUUCGACAUCUCCAAGGACCGCGCCUGGGGCCGCGGCAUCCGGUCCCCGAAGCACCCGGGCGUUCCCUACACCUUCUUCUCCCAGCGGCAGGGAUGCAAGGUCACGCUCUACCAGGACGCCCACAUCCCCGACGGCUUCAUCCCCCGGAUCCCCCUCGACGACGGCCGCUGCUACGAGCCUCACCGCUGCUGGGAGGACAUCUUUGACGCCAUCAGCAAUGCCAAGCAUUUUGUUUACAUGACCGGCUGGUCUGUGUUCACGGAGGUGACUCUUUUAAGGGACGCGGCCCGGCCGAAGCCGGCCGGCGGCGGGGUUACUCUAGGGGAGCUGCUGAAGAAGAAGGCCAGCGAAGGGGUGAAAGUGCUGAUGCUGGUCUGGGACGACCGGACCUCCGUGGGCAUGCUCAAGAAGGACGGCCUCAUGGCGACCCACGACGAGGAGACGAUGAAUUACUUCCAGGAUACGGACGUCCACUGCGUGCUCUGCCCUCGUGACCCGGACGAUUCCGGGAGCAUCGUGCAGGACCUGCAGAUCUCCACCAUGUUCACGCACCACCAGAAGAUCGUCGUCGUCGACCACGACAUGCCCAAGGGAGCCGCUUCCGAAAGCCGGCGGCGGCGGAGGGUCAUGAGCUUCGUGGGCGGGCUGGACCUCUGCGACGGCCGCUACGACACGCCGUUCCACAGCCUCUUCGGAACACUCGACGGCGCGCACCACGACGACUUCCACCAGCCAAACUUCGCGACGGCGGCCAUUGCCAAGGGCGGGCCGAGGGAGCCGUGGCACGACAUCCACUGCCGCCUCGAGGGCCCCGUGGCGUGGGACGUGCUCUACAACUUCGAGCAGCGGUGGCGGAAGCAAGGCGGCAAGGACCUUCUGGCGAACCUCAGGACGGAGCUGGCCGAGGAGAUCAUCCCGCCGUCGCCCGUGGUGUUUCCCGAGGACAGGGAGGCGUGGAGCGUGCAGCUGUUCCGGUCCAUCGACGGCGGCGCCGCCUUCGGGUUCCCGGACACGCCCGAGGACGCGGCCAGGGCCGGGCUGGUCAGCGGCAAGGACCAGAUCAUCGACCGGAGCAUCCAGGACGCCUACAUCUGCGCCAUCCGGCGCGCCAAGAGCUUCAUCUACAUCGAGAACCAGUACUUCCUGGGGAGCUCCUACUGCUGGAAGCACGGCGACGGCGGCGUCAACCCGGACGACGUCGGCGCGCUGCACUUGAUCCCCAAGGAGCUGUCCAUGAAGAUCGUGAGCAAGAUCGAGGCCGGCGAGCGGUUCGCCGUCUACGUGGUGGUGCCCAUGUGGCCUGAGGGGAUCCCGGCGAGUGGGUCCGUGCAGGCCAUCCUCGACUGGCAGAGGAGGACCAUGGAGAUGAUGUACACUGACAUCGCGCAGGCGAUCCAGGCAAAGGGGAUUGAUGCCAAGCCCAAGGAUUAUCUCACAUUCUUCUGCCUCGGGAACAGGGAGGCCAAGAAGGCCGGCGAGUACAGCCCGCCGGAGGAGGCCGAGCCGGAUUCCGAUUACCUCAAGGCCCAGCAGAACCGGCGAUUCAUGAUCUACGUCCACACCAAGAGCAUGAUCGUGGACGACGAGUACAUCAUCGUGGGGUCGGCGAACAUCAACCAGAGGUCCAUGGACGGGGCGCGGGACUCGGAGAUCGCCAUGGGCGCGUACCAGCCGGGCCACCUGGCGGCGACGCGGCCGGCGAGGGGCCAGGUGCACGGCUUCCGGAUGGCGCUGUGGUACGAGCACCUGGGCAUGGUAGACGAGGCGUUCCAGCGGCCGGAGAGCCUCGAGUGCGUGCACAAGGUGAACGCCAUGGCCGACAGGUACUGGGACCUCUACGCCGGCGACGACGGGGCGGACCGCGACCUCCCAGGACACCUCCUCACCUACCCCGUCGGGGUCACCGCCGACGGCGCCGUCACGCAGCUGCCCGGGGUCGAGUUCUUCCCGGACACCCAGGCCCGGAUCCUCGGCGCCAAGUCCGACUACCUCCCGCCCAUCCUCACCACAUAGAAAUUGCUGCACUGAUUGCCUCUGCAGCUCUGCUACAGCACCACAUAUUCUGCACUGAUCUGUUUUGCGUUUCUAAGUCUGUGCCUUGGUUGGUUUUGCUCUGAAUAAGAACAGAACUAGGUUAUGGAUCCUUUUUAGAGAAUAAGAAAUGCUUCCAUGGAUGGAUGCAUUUUCUUUUAAUUCUAGGUUAGCUUUGUUUUUAGUGGUACAAAUUGAUGAACUUGAUUUGAUUUGAUUUAUGCGUUUCUGUCUGUACUGUUGUUACACGCUAUGUACAGUUGACAGUGUUUUUGUGAUACUGCUUGUCAGAUAACAAUUUUUCA